AUCUUCUGCUGUGCGUCGCAAGUUUUGUAAAAGUGUCCUUCUCUCGGAAUAGCUGUGUGCUCAAAAGCUGCUUGUGUGCAGUGCGCAACGGCUAUCAGAUAACCUUGGAAGAUUGGCGAGGUGCACCUGCAGGCUCUGCCGUCAUUAGUUCUUUCGUCCUCUGGACCCAGCCCAGACCUCGACACUCGCAUCUACGUACCACCGGCGCAGAGUGUUAGCUCUCACGACGCCCUUCCGCUCCUUUCAGCCCUCGACUUGCGACUUCUGAGAUUUCAGUUCGGCAACAACCAGGCAUCAUCCCAUGCGCCCCUCGGCCUUGCUCUCGACCUGUCCACGGUCCCUGCUGCAGCUCUACUGCAAGACGAAAUAGCCCUCCGGACCCGGCGCUGGGGAAAAAGGAACAAGCAAAGACCCAGGCGGGGAUUCAAGCGGCGAGAGCUCAAUCCGUCAAGAAAGAGAUCGCGAAGAGUGGAAGCAUAAUGGACAUCAACUCGCUGCUGUCGCCGCAGGACUCGCCGGCGCAAGAGACACCUCCGCCGCAUCCUGCGCUCGCCUCGCCGUCGCUGCAGUCCCCAAGCAAGCGCGCCAUACGCCAAAUGCCCUCGCGCACCCCGUCCGGCCUCAGCCAGCAGAUCACGUCGUCGCCCCACAUUGCAUACCAGCAGCUCCCUUCCCCAGGCUUCGCAAACGUUGUCAACGGCAGCCGAGCGAUUCACAGCGCAACGAGCACACCGCCUCUAAACUCCCCUCACGAUGCGCGCAUGACACCUCCGCACCUGCUGCAUCGGCAGGCGUCGACUCCAGGCAUGGACACAUUAGCAGACCUGGCAUCGAUGCAGCAGCAGCAACAGGCUGCGCGGCAGAACUCAGUGUCCUCACGACCCUCGUUCAGCCUCCAAAACAUCCCGCGCACUCUCUCCGGCAACUCGACCACCGACAUCAGCAUGGGCGAGGCAUCGCCCAGGCCGCGCAGCUUUGCUACCAGAGCGCUCGACGAGCAGCACGUCGACUAUCUUGGACAGCUAGACAGGUCGUUGACCGAGAAUCCGCUAGACUAUUACAGCCACGUUUCUUUUGUCACGAUCCUGCACCAAGGCCUGCAGAACCAUUUGGCCUCGGUCGACCCCGCGAAUGCGCGAACGUACGAGCUGUUGCCUCUUCUGCAGGAUGCCUACAAGUCCAUGGCAAACAAGUACCCUCUCGGCGAGUCGCUGUGGGAAUACAGAAUAAGCGAUGAAAAGGCGCUAGCACGGAACAUCGAAGAACGUAUGAACCUGCUUGAGCUGUAUAAGCUAGCAACGCAAGACGAACCUUUUAGCGCGAAGCUCUGGGUUUCUUACGCAGACUACGUCGGUUACCUAAUAUCGUGUUCGUGGGACCAGCCUCCGCCCGACCAGUGGUCUGACGAAGAGAGAACUAUUGGACGCGAGCUCUUCACGCCACAGCUGUUGCUGGACAUCUGGCAGCAGGGCGCGGACAAGGUCAAGUACGACCUUGGCGACGGCAGCCUUGUGUGGGAUCGCUAUCUGCGAUUCCUACAAGACGACCUUGAGGGUGAGCGUGACCGCGAACGGGGCAGAGUCAGCCAGGAUAAGGCGGUGAAGAUCAUGACGCUUUUCAACGAACGACUUAGCCAGCCGCAUGCAACGUGGUCCGACACCUUGUCCAGAUAUAUUUCGUUCAUUUCCUCAUUCAACCUUGGCGACCCCGAGGAGGCCAUGGAGAAAGCUAUCCAGCAGAACACCCAUAUCAAGCAACAGUAUACCAAUCGUGAAGAUUUCGAGUUUCGAAUGCUUCAGGCCAUCCAGCAGGGCGACCGGGAUGCCGAGUAUCACGCGUUGACUCGCUAUUUGAAAUGGGAGAAGAAGACGAUAGGCAUCUACAGCUUCCCCAUCGUUAACGCUCUCUACGAGCGUGCUACGGUUCGAUUUCCCGUGGAUUCCACUUUAUGGGAGGAUCACAUCGAGUUUCUAAUAUGGCAACAAAACCGCUCGGUGGAUCUACUAAAUGUGCUUGAGCGUGCCACCCGCCAUUGCCCUUGGUCGGGCGCUCUCUGGUCACACCGCAUCUUGACACUAGAGGCCGAACAGAAAGGCUUCGACGAAAUUGAGAGCGUCAAGCACAAUGCAACUGAGACUGGACUGUUGGAGCACACUGACCUGGAGGAACUCAUCAAGGUCCAAAUCGCAUGGUGUGGCUACCUCCGCCGCAGAGCAUUCGAUGACCCCAAAGCUACAGAAGACGAUGCUGAUAUCGCCGAGGUCGGCAUUCGCUCCGCGCUCGAGCUGGUCAGGGAGAUUGGUAUGAAGAAACAUGGACGAGACUGGCCUGGAGAUUCCAAAUAUCGCCUUGAGCGGAUUCACAUCAAGUUUUGGACACAGCGCGGCAGCUUAGAAGAGGCGCGGCAUAUCUGGGAUUCCCUCGUAAAAGCGCAAGAAGAUUCUUACGACUUCUGGUAUCGGUACUACAUCUGGGAGAUGGUCGUGUGGGCAAACCAUGCGAUACGAGACAAGAGUAAUGCCGGGAAGCACCUGUCGUCGCCUUCCCGAGCUACGGCUGUGUUGGAACGUGCGAUGCAGCGCCUCCACACGAUCGACCACCCCGACCCACUGAUCGAGAUGUAUGUCAAUCAUUGCGAACAGCAUGAGACUGUGUUGAAGGUGCGGAGCGCUCAGGUUGAACGACGGAGGGCGGAGCUUGUAGUCUCUAUUAGGAGACAGAAAGAAGCUACCGCAGCGGCUACCUCAAGCGAGCAAAAUCACGUCGCGGAGGGUUCUGGUAAGCGAAAGAGGGAGGAUACGAAUGAUGACAUUUUCGCCGCAAAGAAGAGCAAACAGCUCGAAUUGGACGAAACUUCUCGACCGCCAGUCGCCUCGACCGAGGCUGCUGCGCGGCAAGCGAGUGAGGCCCCGUCGGAGGCUGUCUCCGUCACACAGAAACGAGACCGCGAGCAUACAUCGAUCAUCGUGCAGAGACUGCCGCCAAAUACCACGUCCACGCAGAUACGCAAGUUCUUUACCGAUGCCGGCAGCGUCCGCAACGUGACCAUGAAACCGGAAAAGGAUAGCAUGGUGGCCGUUGUUGAAUUUGAGACACCAGAGGAGGCUGACUACGCCAUGACUAAGGAGGCUAAAGGCUUUGAAGGCAAAGACAUCACGAUCAAGCGCGGCGAGAGCACGACAUUAUACGUUACGAACUACCCGCCCCACGCGGACGAGGCGUAUUUGCGCAACCUGUUCGAGCCUUUCGGCGAGAUAAUUGGAAUGCGGUUUCCGUCUCUCAAAUUCGAUACCCACCGUCGCUUCUGCUACGUACAGUUUGCCAACUCCGACGAUGCUGUUGCAGCCACCAGGCUUGACGGCACGGAUGUCGAAGGCCUGAAGAUCAUUGCGAAGAUCUCGAAUCCGAAUGUGAAGAAGAAGCGCGACGGAGCCACAGCCGAAGGUCGCGAGGUCUAUGUCUGGAAACUCAACUAUCGGAUCAGGAAGGCGGAAAUUCAGGAAGCUUUUUCAAAGUUCGGAAAGAUUGAGAGAGUAAACAUUCCGACCAUGAAGACUGGCAACAACAAGGGUUUCGGCUUCAUUGUCUAUGAGUCAAAAGAGAGUGCCGACGCAGCAGUAGCGGAGAUGAACGGUAAAGAUUUCUGGGGCAUGGAUCUUAAGGUCGAGAUAGCCACCGAUAGGCCAGACACGAAGCCAAAGGUCAAAUCGACGAUCGAGAACACAGGGUCGCCGGAAGCACUGGAAGCUACACCCGGCCAGGCAGAAACCACCUCAGACGCAGGCGCAACGACCGGUACCGUCGGCGAGCGAUCAAUUGCCCUUCUCAAUGUCCCUGAUACGGUCAAUGAUACGCGCAUUAAGACUCUUGUCGAGCCCUACGGCUACAAGAAGAUCACGCUCAUGCCACAACAUGGCGGCGCCAUUGUUGAGUUCACGAGUGUUGAGCAUGCCGGAAAAGCCGAGAUCGCUCUGCAAGGCCGCGAUUUUGAAGGUAGGAAGCUGCGCAUCGGACGCGUCAGGGAUCUCAUGAAGCAGAAAGGCGAAUGGAAAGCGAGCAACAGUUUCGUGCAGCCUACGCGCGUGAACAGACCGGCUGCCGCUCGAGGAGGCGCGCGGGGUCGAGGAAAGGUUGGGCUGGGACACAGGCCUGCAGUACCGAGGAGUGCCAUCAAGGAGAGUAGUGGAGAGGCUAAGAGCAAUCAAGACUUCCGCGCUAUGUUAUUAGGGAGGAAGGAGAGUAAGGACGAAACUGGGAGAGGCAAAGAGGACGCGAUAGAGCAGUAAUGGUAAGGCAUCGGCAUCCGCGUGGCCUAUCCGCAGGACACCAUGGCGUCUUUCAUCUUUUUAUGGGCGGUUUCCUAAGGUGUGGGAGUAGUUUAGCCUACUUCCACGGCGGAUAUUUGCAUGGGAACGGUGCAUCUGGUGCUGGAUCGAUCUCCCUUCGACACUUUCCGUGCGAUCAAGAAGGGCGAAUAUGGCCCCGUCUAUACUGUAGAAUAGUAGUAAUAGGAGCGAUCAAUCUCUACAUUUUUUUUUGGC